GCACGCAUGCCCAGUUUUACCAGACCUGCCUGCUCGAUUGACAGGCAACUGUAGAGUAUAAAACGGGGGCAGAGAGAAGGACACAAGCACAUUCAGGCACAGAUCUUCAGCUUAGAUGUCGACCAUGAAGGCCUCACUGAUUUUGUUUGCUGUUGCUCUUGGAACUGCACAAGAGCAGUUCACCCAGAGACGUGAAUUCAAUACAGCCGUCAGACUUGCUAGACCUGGAUUCUUCCAGCAAGGAGGAUCUUUUUCUUCUCGUUCAUCCUCGGGCAACAACUUCCAGAACCAAAAUAAUAACCUCCAGUCUGCCUCUUUUGGCAGUGACAAGAACUCUGCUGUUUCGUCUCAGUCCUUCCAGAACAAUAACCAGUUCCAGCCUGGAUCAACUUCUUUCUCCAGGAAUCAGCAAAACAGAGGAACUCCAUUUGAUUCCAGAAACCAGAAUCAGUUCCAGUCUAACACCAACGCAAAUAAUUUCCCCCAGAACCAACUCCAGGACUCUUUCGGCAGUGAAAACCCCGGGGACAGGCUUAAAUUAGUGGAUAAUAUUCAGGUAACUCCUGCUCGUGUCCAGACUACCUCUGGACAGCAGCCAUCUGGGAUCGCUUUCCUGAACGUUGGUAAUCAAUUCCAGCAGCCUAAACUAAACCAGAGAAAUUCCGAGGGCAACUUCCGUCCUAGUGACAACAACAGACUCUCAACAGGAGGUCAGUCUCAGUCCAGUGCUCAGUUCAGAUCAGGUUCUUCUUCCAGUGAAUUCAAUGAAGUAUUCGGGGGAAUUUUCGAGCCCCUGAACCUCCCCUCGGGAGCUAGUGCCAUCCUCGGAAGCAUCUCCACUUCCUUCAGCUGCGUCGAGAGGCCUUAUGGCUAUUAUGCUGACCAAGACAACUCCUGCCGUGUCUUCCACAUCUGCAAUCCUUACCUCUUCUCUGAUGGAGAAGUCCAGACUUAUCAGUACAGCUUCAUGUGCAACGAAGGCUCUAUCUUCGACCAGAGCGAAAUGGUCUGCAAAGCAGAGUAUGAAGCCACGCCUUGCCAGGAGGCCCAGAACUUCUACUUCAAAAACGAGGAGUUUGGUCUUCCUGAGGAGAGAUCUCCCUAAGUCCCACAUACCAACAAAGUCCCAGAGGAACCUUGAUUGACCUGACGAGAAACAAAGCUUGAUCGAUUACGUCACUUGCCUGGAAACUACCUGACUGAUAAAUAAAAAUGUGAUUUCAUAUAUUUAAAAGAAUCAUGUGAAAUAAAAGUUAUAAUCAAGACGA